GUGUGGGUGUUUUAGUUUUGACUCGACUCUUCCAGAGGACAGAGCCCAGAAUCAGAGAAAAAGAGUAGGGAAAGGCACCCACGCACUCUCUCUCUCUCUCUCUUUCAGUUUGACCUCAAGGCUUUGUUCACAGCAAAACAGGGAAAAGAAUCAAUCAAAUAUAUUCAAAAAGAAGCAAACUUUCUCAGUCAACAAACUACAACCAAAAAAGAACGAGUCUUUUCAUCUCUGAGAUAAAAUGGGGGUUCUUGAAUUCAAUUUGGGAAGCUCUUGCUGAUUUUUGGAGUUGGAGUGGGUUUUUGGUCAUCUGGGUUUGUAAGUUUUUAGUGGAAAUUCGAGUCUUGGUGGUGAGACGGUUAGAGAUUUGUGGGAGUCUAGUUGUUUCUGUGAAAAGGGCAUAGUGCUGAUUGCUGAAGGAGGGUUUAUCUUCUGGGAAUUGAGAUUCGGGCUGGGUGUGAUUUGUGGUGUUAGGCUAGCGAGAGUCUGGGUUCAGUUUUCAGAUGAGAAUGGGGGUUUGUGGCCCCCUUGUUGCUUUGUUUUCAGAAAGGCAGACAUAAAAGGUUCUGGGGUUCUUUUUGUUAAUCAUCAUACCUGAGUGUUUUCGCCACUACUUUGGGAGUCUUUGAUACUUGUGUUGUGCUUUUUGGAGGGCGACAUUUUGUUUGGUGUAUAAAUUAUGUUAAGACAGAUAUUAAGUAAGGUUUCCCGGAAGUCUUCUAAGCAUUCUGAAAGUCGGGAUGGAGGCCAUACAUUGUAUUCGAAUGCUCCCAACUAUUCGAAAAGUGGUGAGCUAGGGACUAGCAAGUCUGGUAAUGUGAUCUCAUCUGUACCAGCCGGUAGUUUUGUUUCAGAUGUUGGGAAAAGUAAUGGCAACAAGAAUGCAAAGGGUGUGAAUUUGAAGUUGAAUGGCUUUGUGGCGUCUUCUUCUUAUGAAGCAUUGCCUGGAUUUAGAGAUGUUCCCAGUUCUGAGAAGCAGAGCUUAUUGGUCCGAAAGCUAAACCUGUGCUGUGUUAUAUUUGACUUCACGGACCCAACUAAGCACCUGAAAGAAAAAGAGAUCAAGCGCCAAACACUGUUGGAAGUAGUGGAUUAUGUGACUUCAGCAAAUGGUAAAUUUUCAGAAACUGUAAUGCAAGAGGGUAUUAAAAUGGUGUCUGCAAAUUUGUUUAGGUCAUUCUCUCCGCAGCCACGGGAGAACAAGGUGGUAGAUGGCUUUGACUUGGAAGAGGAGGAGCCUUCAAUGGAUCCUGCUUGGCCUCACUUGCAAAUAGUUUACGAGUUCUUGUUAAGAUUUGUCGCAUCACCUGAGACGGAUGCAAAAUUAGCUAAAAGAUAUGUUGAUCACUCAUUCAUUCUUAAGUUGCUUGAUCUUUUUGACUCCGAAGAUCCUAGAGAGAGGGAGUAUUUGAAAACAAUUCUGCACAGAACUUAUGGAAAAUUUAUGGUGCAUCGCCCUUUCAUCAGGAAGGCUAUCAACAACAUCUUUUAUAGUUUUAUCUUUGAGGCUGAGAAACAUAAUGGGGUGUCUGAACUCCUAGAAAUUUUGGGCAGUAUUAUAAAUGGAUUUGCUCUGCCACUGAAAGAAGAACAUAAGUUGUUCCUUGUUCGGGCUCUAAUUCCCUUGCAUAAGCCAAAAUAUCUAGCAAUGUACCAUCAACAGCUAUCCUAUUGCAUUACGCAAUUUGUAGAAAAGGAUUGCAAGCUUGCUGAUACUGUCAUAAGGGGUUUAUUGAAGUACUGGCCGGUCACCAACAGUUCAAAGGAAGUAUUGUUUCUUAGCGAGCUGGAGGAGGUUUUAGAAGCAACUCAGCCAUCUGAAUUCCAGCGCUGCAUGGUUCCCUUAUUCCGCCAGAUUGCUCUUUGUUUGAACAGUUCUCACUUUCAGGUGGCAGAGAGGGCUCUGUUUCUGUGGAACAACGAUCACAUUGAGAACUUGAUCAAACAGAAUCGUAAGGUUUUACUGCCCAUUAUGUUCUCUGCAUUGGAGAAAAAUGCUAGAAACCAUUGGAAUCAAGCUGUUCAUAGCUUGACCUUAAAUGUCCGCAAAAUUUUCUAUGAUCUUGAUCCCGAGCUGUUCAACGAAUGCUUAGAGGAGUUCAAAGAAGAUGAGUCGAAGGAGGAUGAGGUAAAAGCACGACGUGAGGCCACAUGGAAACGUUUGGAAGAAGUUGCUGCAAAGAAGGCUUUGAGCAACGAACCUGUGCUUGUUCGUGGCAGAGCACCUCUGCGCACUGCUUCACGUUAGCUGGAGAGACUGUUGACAAUUCAAUGACAUCAAUAUUUUUUGGGUUGAAACGGGAUUGGUUCAGGUGGAAUACUCAUGCUUUGUUAAUUGCUAUAUGUAUGAUGUAGUUUUAGGAAAGGUAGGUUCUGGCAGAUAACCAGUCUUCAAGAAACUUCUGUCUGCCGCGUUGAUUUGUUUCAUUUCUAAGUUAUUUUGUAGCUGUUCUUUGUCGUAAAAUUAUAUACAGGAGUCUGCAAUUCUGGAAUGCAAAGCAUGAUUAUUCAAUCGCUA